AUGGCGUCGUUGCACACUCCCCCUCAACUCCUCUCGCCUCCGCCUUCUCCCGCCCCGCAGAAUUUGUCCACUGAGAUCAACACGGCCACUCGGUGUGCUCUCUUCGAACCAUCUCUGCAGAGUUAUGGUGCAGUCGCUGACCUGUUNACAAGAUCGGUUCAUACGCGGCUGAACAAGCUUAUCGUUUCCCGCCUGCCUCUGGCUCUUCCACCGAUAGCCAAGACCCCCGAAUUAUACGCUCAUGGCAUCAACACGUUUGGCGACAUCUAUCUUGUCUUUGAGAAUUGCUGGCACGUUUUAAUUGCCGAGGUCGACAAGUCCGAGGCAGCUGGCUCCUCACACGACAAUGAUCUGCGCCAAUGGCUUUCUCAACUAGUCCCUCCUGGUCUCUGGCGCUCCGAUGCGAUCAAGAAAGAUCUGGAAUACUUGGAGACAGCCACUGGUGCUGAUCUAGAGGUCGUAUCGAACGAGCAGCUUCGCUCUUUCACGGCGCAUAUAUAUCGACACACUCGAGACAAGCCCCACGUCUUGGUUGCCUAUGCCUGGAUCAUGUACAUGGCAAUCUUUUCAGGNGGACGUUGGAUCAGAGAACAACUCGCGGAAUCUGGGCCUGAGUUCUGGGGUAUCACUCACGAAGCGGACAAGACCGAGUAUUGGAUCCAUGGGACACUAAGGCCAGGCUUCACCUUGUUUUGCUUUCCAGGUACAAGAGACGGAGAAGAUAUCAAGACGGACUUCAAGAAUCGUCUAGAGAAAGUAGAGGAGCUGCUGACAGCACACGAGCGCAAGGACAUCGUAGAUGAGGCCCAGUUCAUAUUUGAACAGUGCGUUGCGAUCGUCGAAGCUCUAGACAAGCAGCUCAUGACCGACCUCGAGCUCGUCAAGUCGUUGGCUGCUCGUGAGGCCAAGCAUGGACAUUCAAACCUCAAGAUGGCGCCAACCCGAGCUGCUCUACCACAGGAUGCCGCACCAAAGGUUGACGAGGCCAAGUCGACAGGAUUCAUCAGAGCCAUUGUGGUUGCUCUGUUUGCUUUUGCGUUCUACCAGUCCUACCGCUGGCAAUAUGGAAAUUUGGAAGACGCAUAA